AUGCGCCAUUUUAUCAGCUUUGUCGUGAUAAGAUUCACCGCGACGGAAAAAUCCGCUGUAAGCAACUACAAUGACAUGAAAACUUUUCCUUUCUUUUUUUUUCCUUUUCCCCCGAUUUUUCUUUUCUCUCUUUCCUUUUUCCUCUCUUUUCUCUCUUUCCUUUUUCCUCUCUUUUCUCUCUUUCCUUUUUCCUCUCUUUUCUCUCUUUCCUUUUUCCUCUCUUUUCUCUCUUUCCUUUUUCCUCUCUUUCCUUUUCCUUUUUUCCUCUUUUUCCUUUUUUUUUCCUCUCUUUUCCUCUCCUUUCCUCUCUUUCCUCUCUUUCCUCUCUUUUUCCUCUCUUUUCUCUCUUUCCUUUUUCCUCUCUUUCCUCUCUUCUCUCUUUCCUCUCUCUUCUCUCUUUCCUCUCUCUUCUCUCUUUCCUCUCUCUUCUCUCUUUCCUCUCUCUUCUCUCUUUCCUCUCUCUUCUCUCUUUCCUCUCUCUUCUCUCUUUCCUCUCUUCUCUCUCUUCUCUCUUUCCUCUCUCCUUGCUGUCUAUAA